AUGCCGGUGCGACGCGGACACGUGGCGCCCCAAAACACUUUCCUGGAUACCAUCAUCAGGAAAUUCGAAAGUCAGAGUCGAAAGUUUGUCAUAGCCAACGCACGGGUGGAGAACUGUGCCAUCAUCUUCUGUAACGAUGGCUUCUGUCACAUGUGUGGCUACACACGAGCCGAGAUCAUGCAGAAACCGUGCACCUGUGACUUCCUGUACGGGCCACACACCAAGCGCCUGGCCAUUGCACAGAUGGCUCAAGCGCUUCUGGGCUCGGAGGAGAGGAAAGUGGAGAUCACGCUCUACAGGAAGGAUGGUGUGUGUUUCCUGUGCUUGAUAGACGUGGUGCCGGUCAAAAACGAGGAUGGUGUGGUGAUCAUGUUUAUUCUAAACUUUGAAGUCAUGAAUGAAGAAAAAGUGCGCAACCCUAACCAGGGGCUGAACCACCGGAUACCUCUCCCCUGGCGCGCCACAAAUCGAGCACGUCGUAUCCGUCUGCAUCUGCCGCUUCUGCAGUCACACUGUAACAGCAAGUCAUUUCUGCGCGAGGACCCUGAGGCAGGCCGCAGUACUGACAUUUCUGCCACUGCCAGCUCCAGGCGUGGCAGCAGUCAUGAGUCUCUGGCUCUGGGCGAGCUUGUCUCACUGCCAGAACAUGAGCAGGUCCGCCCCUCUGCAACCACACCAUCGGGCACGGCAUCGUCCUCCUUGUGGCCUGAGGACAGACGAACCCUCCUGGGAAGCGAGUCCACGCCACCUCUGUCGGCUCCCACACAUUCCUCCACAUUGCCCCUGGGCCAGUCCUCGCCACGGGCAAACCGGCUGAACCCUGACGCCUCAGCUUCCAACUGCAGCCUUACACAUAGCCGCUCGCGUGAGAGCUUCCACAGCAUGCGCCGCGCAUCCUCUGUAGACGACAUAGAGGCCAUGAAGCCUGAAUGGGAGCGCAGACACUCCAUACGACCAGCAAGCAGCAGUACAGGUGCAGUGAACAACAAAUCCAACAUGCUUAACUCUACCUCUGACUCGGACCUCAUGCGCUACCGCGCCAUCAGCAAGAUUCCCCAGAUCACCCUCAACUUUGUGGACUUUAAACCCGACCCUCUUAUUGCUCUCCCUCCCGGAGAAAUGGAUAUCAUCGCUCCCUGCAAGCUCAUUGACCGCACACACAACGUCACCGAGAAGGUCACACAGGUGCUGUCACUAGGCGCCGAUGUCCUUCCCGAAUACAAACUCCAGGCACCACGCAUCCACAAGUGGACCGUACUGCACUACAGCCCCUUCAAGGCUGUGUGGGACUGGCUGAUUCUGCUGCUGGUGAUCUACACUGCCAUCGUAACACCAUACAGUGCUGCCUUCCUGCUUGGCUCGGAGAAGGAGAACGAUACCUGCACGUACUGCAAGCCGCUCAACAACGUGGACCUUGUUGUCGACAUCAUGUUCAUCAUUGACAUCCUCAUCAAUUUUCGUACCACUUAUGUCAAUGCCAAUGAUGAGGUGGUGAGCCACCCACUGCGCAUCGCUGUGCACUACUUCAAAGGCUGGUUCCUCAUUGACAUGGUGGCUGCUAUUCCCUUCGACCUGCUCAUCUAUGACAACGGCGAGGAGACAACCACUCUAAUCGGACUGCUAAAGACCGCACGGCUCUUGAGGCUUGUUCGAGUGGCCCGGAAAUUGGACCGCUACUCGGAAUACGGUGCAGCUGUGCUCUUCCUACUCAUGUGCACUUUUGCGCUAAUUGCUCACUGGUUGGCCUGCAUCUGGUACGCCAUUGGAAACGUAGAACGCAACGGUGCCAUCGGCUGGCUCCAUACGCUCGGGGAUCAGCUCGGGAAACCCUACAAUAUCUCCAUUGUCAGCUCAGGACCCAGCAUUAAGGACAAAUAUGUGACUGCUCUUUAUUUCACCUUCAGCAGCUUGACCAGUGUAGGAUUUGGCAAUGUAUCACCUAACACCAACCUAGAGAAGAUCUUCUCCAUCUGUGUCAUGCUGAUUGGAUCCCUCAUGUAUGCCAGUAUCUUUGGGAAUGUGUCAGCCAUCAUACAGCGGCUGUACUCAGGUACGGCACGCUAUCACACUCAGAUGCUCCGGGUCAGAGAGUUUAUUCGCUUCCACCAAAUUCCCAACCCUCUCAGACAGAGACUGGAGGAGUAUUUCCAACACGCCUGGUCCUACACUAAUGGAAUUGACAUGAAUGCGGUACUAAAAGGAUUUCCCGAGUGUCUACAGGCAGAUAUAUGUCUGCACUUGAACCGAACCCUGCUGCAGAACUGCAAAGCUUUUAAAGGAAGCACCAAAGGUUGUCUGCGAGCCCUGGCCAUGAAGUUUAAAACCACUCAUGCCCCACCGGGUGAUACGCUGGUCCAUGCGGGAGAUGUGCUCUCAGCCCUUUACUUCAUUUCCAGGGGAUCAAUUGAAAUACUACGUGGAGAUGUGGUGGUAGCCAUUUUAGGAAAGAAUGAUAUAUUUGGUGAACCCAUCAACCUGUAUGCACGACCAGGCAAGUCGAACGCUGAUGUCAGGGCUCUCACCUACUGUGACUUGCACAAGAUCCAGAGAGAGGAUGUACUGGAAGUUCUGGACAUGUAUCCAGAGUUCUCAGAUCACUUCUGGAGUAACCUGGAGAUCACCUUCAACCUGCGAGAUACCAACAUGAUUCCUGGGUCUCCAAGCAGCGACGAUUCAGACUGUACUGGCUUUAACAAGCUUCGCAAAAGAAAGCUUUCCUUCCGGCGGCGAACAGAAAAAGAUGAGGCAGACGCAGGAGAGAUCAAGAAAAACCAGAAGCCAGUGCGGCGUAAUAGGAAACAGGCCAGGAGUAAUCAGAAUGAGGGACUGAAACCAGACUUCGGGGGGCCUCGGAGUUCAAUCUCUUCCCACUCCAGCGGUGAUGAAGGGGAGGAUCUUGUUCAUACACGCUCCACUAUGCCAACAACAUUAUUGGAGAUCUCUCAAGCCCAAGGCACUUCUGUGAUCUUUACUGACAAUCCUGAGGGAGAAGCAGAUCCUAAAACAGGCAACACCUGCAAUGCUCUGUCAGGUGCACUCUCAGGUGUGUCCAACAUCUUCAGUUUCUGGGGGGAGAGUCGGGGCCGUCAGUAUCAGGAGCUGCCGCGGGGUAAUCUCCCGUCACCUCCACCUCAGCACAACACACCUUUACAUAGCAUCUCAAGACAGCAGCGGAGCCAACUGGAGAACAGGCUGGACAUGCUGCAGACGCAGCUUAACAGGUUGGAGACCCGUAUGUCUACAGACAUCAGUGCAAUCAUGCAGUUGCUUCAGAGGCAGAUGACGAUGGUACCUCCAGCUUACAGCACAGUGUCCUCACCUCCACAAGUGUCGCUGUAUCUCGCCUCAAGCCCGGGGCAUGAAGAGUCACUCAUCCAGACCGUCACGCCUAUGGAGUCUUCACUCUCACAAAUUCUGGACCCUCAGGACUUUGAGGAAUUCCCUGCCAAGUCAUGCGAGUCUCUUCACGGCAUGACAGAGCCUUUGCUUAGCCCAGAAGCUGCCUCCCUGCAGACUGUGUCAAGCCUGGACCACAACGCUGAGCCUCCGGACGCCGACACUCAGCGGCGUUUCUCCCUCCAGGAACCACAAGCACCUCUGGACUCACGGACACCGCAAAGACACAGCUCCGAUCCCGGGAGCUAGGGAGGAAGGGAAAGAGGGAAGACAAGGAAACAGUGACUGAUGAGAUCAACCACAGAUGCGAAGAGGCUCCUCAUUUUCCUGCCUCUCUCACUUCUUAUCAAUCUUUCAAACUCUUUCUCUUCCUCGUGCAUCUCAUGGGGCUGGGGGAGGGAGUUUCUCUUCCCUUCAUUCCUGCUUUUGCACUGAGUUAGGGGUGUGACUGGAGGGAUGAGAAAAGACACGUGCAUAUGCUGGAACUGGAGGAGGACUGUCACUGUCCGAAUCUACAGGAUUUACAGACAAUAAUCCAGUGCAACACGAGGAUGGGGGAUCUUUUUUAGUAUAAUCAAAAAUGUCCUUGAGACUGGUGAAAACACUACCAAGCUGACUUAAAAAAGGAAAAAAAAAAAUCAUAAAGAGCAGUGCAGGUAAGGAAGGGUGUUGAACAUUGUUCACCCUUUCGGGCUUUUGAUAAAAAACAAAAGCGUAAUCCACCCAAAGGAAGGCGUCCACGUUCAAUUUGUCCCUUUACUACUGUUAUCCAGUAUUGGAUUAAUAUGUAUAAAUAAUAAUGAAGUUAAUAAUAAUCGAAGUAGCCAUCAUGUCUUGCACUGAAAUUUUGCAGAAUCUUUAUCUAUAUCACGUCCGCAGCGCUUCCAAAGUUAAAACGGAAAAAAAAACGAAAAAAAAACUAAAUACUUCCUAAACUUUUUAGUGUUAGCUGGCCUAACAGAAACACCUUGUGUGAUCUGUCUAUUCUGUCCUGUCGUUCUGCCUCUUUCUCCCAUCAUGUCUGUGCUUAAAGGCGUACUGCAAAGCAAGCACAUACUUAAAUAGAUCAGCUGGUUUGCAUUAAGGGGAAAUUCAAUGUGUCUAAAGCCAUGUCAUAACUGAACAUAUCAACGUUUUUGUGCACCGCAGGAUAUAGUGUGGCUUAAUUGAUAAAUCAAGCAUAAUAAAUGUGUCUGUAUUAAACCCUGCAUGAUGUCAGGUUCAUCACCUCGUUUUCCAAGCUUGCAUUGGUUAAAAGUUUCAUCAAGAAUAUAUUAGAUUUAUACUUAUUAUAUUUUUUAGGGACAUCUUGGUUUAUUAGCAAUACGUAACCCUAGAACCCACAACCUCACAGUAAUAUAUUUCUCCUUUGGAUAAGACUGCACUGCAGGAAAAAAAAAAUCAGUUGCUUUACCCAAAUAUAUGUAUUUGUGUGUACGUGUGUAAGAUAUGCAGUGACCAUAAUUAAUAAUUAAAUUGCUUACAGUACAGCAACUAACGUGCACUGUAUAGCACAUUUAAAAAAAAAAAAAGCUUAGCAGGUCCAUCAAGAUGAAGACUGCUGCAUAAGAUUCUUCAGGUAGCAGAACAUUUUGCUCUGGGAAAUAGUAUGCUGCAUGCUACUGGCAAGCAUCCAUAUACAGUAACAUUAUCAGACAAAAAUGGCACUAUUGUGAGUGGGUUGUUACUAUUACCGUUUAAAAUGUGCAUUGGUUUUUAUAGAUACCAAAUAAUGCCAUAAUUUUCCAAGAGACAGAUGUUUAGAGACGGAGGCGAACUCAGAAAUCAAAGUUGCUGAUUGUUAGCACAGUUUUCUAAUAUAUUCAAGUUAUUUACUUACAAACGAGGAGAACAUGUUGGAUAUUUUAGAUGGUGCAGACGACGUUCUCUUUCACUCAGCACACAGCUUUUAAAGGAGCUGACAGUUAUAGAGGUGCAGCAAGACAAUUUUCUCCUCAUUGGCUGUAAGCAAGUGCGAGUCAUUAUUUUUUUUUAUUAUUAAUUAAUGUAUUUUUUUUUUAUCUAUACUGCCUCCAAUGUCUUUAUCUACAAUACAUCUAACCGCCAUGUAAUUAGAGCAACCAGUGCAACUGGAUCUUUUUUUUUUUCUUUUUUCUUUUAUUUAAAAUGCUGCACUUUAGAGAACAACCAAAGCAUCUACCAACUUCAUUGGUAAACGGAUUUUUCUCUCCAACAAUGUGGCUUGACUGUGUGAGAGUUUGUGUCAUGUUCUGAAUGUAUUUUACAGACAAAGUGCUGUUUAAAAAAAACAAAAAAAAACAACAACAACAACUGAAACUUUAGAUAGCUUGCUUUUUUUGUGUGUCGAGAAAUAGUUUUCCAGCCUUCAUCGGAUUAUCCUUCGGGUAACGCAAGCUCUUUAACGAUGUUUAGAUCCACAGACGAUGACGUGUAUACACCACUGGAACUCAGUAUUCAAAACUGAUUCAUAACAGGAAAGCAUUUAUCACCAUAAUAUCACCAUCUGUGUGUGGCACCAUCUUGUGUUCUAGUGUAAGCCUGUGGCCUCCUCUAUUAUGUAACUACAAUCCUUGUGUUUUGCUAUUUGUUUAGUGUGCUGCUGUGCACUUUACAGAUCCCCCUUACCUUGCAAGAUGUAAAUAAUUAGAGAUUUUUUUUUUCUUGUUUUUCACAUAUAUACUUCAACAACUGUUAGGUAUGUACAUAUUUUUUAGUCUUGGUUUUAAUUUAUUUUUUUGGUAAUGUAUUUACACUGGAUUGCUCUUUUUCUCCUGCUCAUGUACUGUACAUAGGAGAGUCUUGUAAAGGAAUCGAUUCUUGGCACUCAUAUAGCCGGCACUAUGCAGAAUCUGUCAUUUCCUUGGCAUGCUUUGAAAUGCAGAAAAAAAAACUGUAGAUGAAAAUAUAUAUGUUUGAUUUUUUUAAGCAUAAAUAACUAUGUUAAUAAUGAUAAUAUUAAUAAUUAUGAUGACAAUGAUGCUGACGAUUAUUAUAUAAUACAAGACAAAUUUACCUUUGUGCACAUUUUAUUUGCAUGCUGCACUCAAAGGAUAGAGGCGUAAAGGCAGCUGACUCGCUGUUGAAUUUUGAAUGUGUAGACAGAUGCACUGUACUUCCAGGUCACUUGCCAGAGUGAUUUCAUUUACUCGUGGAAGAAUGGACAUUAUGGAAUUUGAAAAACUACUGUAACGAUGUUAGUGGGGGGAUUCUGAUAUUACACGUAAAUCACAAAACUACAGAGGAUAUUUAGGGCACCCAUAUAGUCUCCAUCUCCGAUCACUUCAGAAAGCUAAGCUACAGGUCCUGAUUGUGUGAAGCAUAAAUGGUUGAAUUUAUAAAAAUUUAACAUAUUUCUUUCAAUAAA